AUGGACGUUCCACCUUUUAUGCGUGAGUUGGAUCUCGAGGCCAUGCAUGCCCCCGAGUUUCUGGAAUAUACAAACAUAGUGUUGUCUUUACCGUACCGGACCGGACCAGACCAGACCGGACCGGACCGAAUCGGACUAGACCGGACCGGACCGGCCGGCGUUGCCGAUGCUGAGGACGGGGAGUUCCGGAUUGGAAUGGAAUACAGCUCUAGAAAGUCGGUCGUCGCAGCAAUUAGAAGUUUCACUAUUGCCAAAGGAGUUGACUAUGAGGUGUAUGAGUCUGAGCCACAGACGUUCUAUGCAAAAUGCAAGAUGUACGGGCGUGGAUGUGACUGGCUUAUCCGAGCUAGCUUGAUACGGAGAAAAGGUUGUUGGGAGAUACGAAGAUACAACGGUAGGCACACGUGCACGGUCGGAGCGAUUUCACAAGAUCAUUCCAAGUUGGACUCAGAUACAGUUGCUGAUGCUAUAAAGCCAUUGGUCGAGACGGACCCGUCCAUCAAGGUGAAAUCUGUAAUUGCGGAAGUCCAGUCAAGGUUCAACUAUACCAUUAGUUACCGAAAGGCUUGGUUGGCAAAGCAGAAGUCCAUAGCCAACGUUUUUGGUGGUUGGGAGGAUUCUUACCAAGCCUUGCCAUGGUGGCUCUCGGUCAUGGUGCAGAAGAUGCCAGGUUCAGUUGUCCAAAUAGAAACACGACCACUGUACAACGGGAAUGAGGAGGCGCAAGGUGUAAAAAUACUUCAUCGUGUAUUUUGGAGUUUCAAUCCAUGCAUUAGGACAUUCAGGCAUUGCAAGCCCCUGGUUCAGGUUGACGACACACACCUAUACGGAAAAUACAAAGGUACACUUCUAGUCGCUGUUACACAAGAUGGGAACCAGAACAUUGUGCCUAUCGCCUUUGCGUUAGUGGAAGGAGAGACAGCUGAUGCGUGGCACUUCUUUCUCAGGAAUCUGCGAAUGUAUGUUGUUAGAAAAGAUGGCGUGGGUAUGAUCUCAGACUGA